CGAAUAGCGUAGACGAGUAUAAAGUGGCAAUGGAAACAAGCCGUUAAAGUGGGUGAAAUUGUUUACGUCCGAUUGUUCGGACCGUACGACAACGGUUUCGAUGAAAUAGCCAUUUUGAUCGACGUCAGCUAGACAGAAAUUCUCUUUGGGAAAUUCUCUUCUGUGACGUAACGCAUACGCGUGUAUUUGGCAAAACUGUAAAAGUGAUCGAAAGGGAGAUCUGGGACGCGAGUAUAGUGCUCGUUAUAGUGCUCGAUAUUCGAUGGAAAUGCGCGUCGGUGCGAGUAAACGAUUUGAAAAUAAAACGCAAGUUGACAUGUUAGCGGACAGUGGGGAAAAAAAGGCACGAUAGAAGAAAAAAGGUAGCCGCCGCGAGGUUGUAGCAAUGGUAAUUAAAUGAUCCUAGCUCUACGAUGCAUACGGUGUAAAAUUAAACUCGCGGAAAAGCUAACCACCGGGAAUGUAGCAAUACUUUAAACUCGUAUUUCGAAACGAAAUAGUUGGUAUAACGUUGCCAAGAACGCAUCGAAAGUUUCUCACUUGCGUGAUUCAUAAAUGGAUCGGUGGUGAAAAUGCAUGGACGAGAAUGAGCGAUUCCAUUUCGCUUCGUACAAAUGUCCAGACCAUCAUUUACCAAAUAUGUUGAGCAAGGUGAAAAUUCGCAACAAGAAUCACGCAGGAGAACGGAAUCGUCUCAGCUUGGCCUUGGAUCUAUGAACGUUAUCGGUAAUCAAGGUCAGAAGCCUCUCCACCAACCACAUUAUUCGUCCCAUUUACUCAAUUGGGUCUACCUGGCAAUCGCCGAUCAAGAUACCCCUCAGCAACGAGAUCAGAGUAAGAUUCUUUCACCGAUCUGGAGCGGCUUUUCAACGGCGACCUCGCAAACUCAUCUGCAUUGUGGCACGCUCGAUUCUGCUCGGAUUAUCGGAUACAACUUUUCAGACAGCAUCACCGAUCUUGCAGAUCGUUUCAGAGAAUUGGGCCUACUGGAUAGAAAACCGAUAAAAAAGCCACCACCUAGCUACCUUUGUCAUCUAUGCUUCACGAAAGGUCAUUACAUCAAAGAUUGUCCGCAGGCACGUCCAAAGGGUGAGGGUCUGACUCCGUAUCAAGGAAAGAAACGAUGCUUCGGGGAAUACAAAUGUCCCAAAUGCAAGCGCAAAUGGAUGUCGGGAAACAGCUGGGCUAAUAUGGGUCAGGAAUGCAUUAAAUGUCAUAUAAACGUCUAUCCUCAUAAACAGAGGCCGUUGGAAAAACCGGACGGAUUAGACGUCUCCGAUCAAAGCAAGGUACAUCCGCAGCAUCUCUGCCAGAAAUGUAAGACCCUUGGUUACUACUGCCGAAGGGAUCAGUAGUAGUCAAUGGUACACCAGAAGCAAUCUCUAUACCGAUAGUUCUCUCCGUGACUGAUUCAUUUUAACGGGAGAAAGACAAACGAGACAACCUUGUCCUUCCUCUAAACUCGUGCGAUCCGUACGAUUUAAACCAAGGAUCAAUACCUUCCCCGCUGGCCGAUAUUAUAUAAACCGCCGAUCUGUGAUAAUAUAAACAACUUUGUCGAAACGAAACUAUAGCAACCGUAUACGCCCGACUAAAUUAUCCCUCGUAAUUAUCCGUAUUAAACGUCAGGGUCAGUUACAAUAUCUUUCGCCUUGUAUUUUUCUAUACAAUCAUAUAAUACAAUACACACGCCCCACACCCCACUACGUGCACGCCCAUACGUAUUUCGCUUCAAUGCCUGAUGCCCAAGUUUCUUGUGCACACUCGAAUGAAAGUAAGAUACAACGUAUGCGCUAAAUCGCAAACAACCAUCUCUUAUGAUACCAUCCGGAAUAAAGCAGUAUCUCUUGUCUCUGACAAAAGAAAUCGUGUCUCUGAUAAUUAUAACUACGCUAUGGCCAAAUAAAUCUGUACGAGCCAGAUGAAAUAAGAGUAAAAUGUCUAUAUAUAUAUUUAUAUGUGCGCGAGUACUUACUCGUGGCCAGGAAUGGUAUACCGUGAAAUCGUACAUGAAAGAAAUUCCAAAAAAUUCAAAAGUAAGCAUCGAUUCCAUAUUUACAUAUGUAUAAUAUGUAUCUCAUUCGUUCUUUCCCAUUCGUCCAUAUCGAAAUGUUUCGUUUCGGGCUAAUCCCUUUCUAAAUUUCUCCUCAUUCUCUCCACUCGAAAUAUUAUAUAUAUUUCGUAUACGUCUCUAUAUGUAGACGUAUACGAAUCUCCAAGAAUUCAAACAACACAGCUGUUACAACAUUGUCUAUCAAACUAUUGAUUUACCGAUUUCUUAAAAUGUUUCCGUCACACUUGAUUACCAGACUUACAAGAAUUUAUAUCAUAAAUGAGAUACCGUAUAUGUAGGAUCGGGGUGGGUGGAUGGGCUAAAGUAAU